GUGACGUCACCGGGCUUCACCUGCCUCUACUCGCCUCCUGAUUGGUGGAGGAGGUCACGGUUCCCCCGGCUUUCAGCAUCUUCUCCGAGGUCCUGCAGGAGAGCCGGGAGAUGGAGCGGCUGCUACCGGGGCUUCUGCUCCCGGUACUCCCGGCACUCUGUUCACAUGAUGACCGGGAGGAGGAGAUUGAGAGACCGGGCGGAUUCCAGGUGGUGCGCUGGGAAUGGCACAUGGUGCAGACUCCUUAUCUGGUGGCCGUUUGGAUAUUGGUGGCCAGCUUGGCCAAAAUUGUGUUCCGCUUGUCCAAGAAGGUGACCACCAUAGUUCCAGAGAGCUGUCUGCUGAUCAUCCUGGGACUGGCCCUUGGAGGGAUUGUCUUGGCCAUAGCCCAGAGGGCCGAAUUCCAGUUAGAACCUAAUAUGUUCUUCCUCUUCCUGCUUCCCCCAAUAGUCCUGGACUCUGGCUACUUUAUGCCCAGUCGCCUCUUUUUUGACAACAUUGGUGCCAUUCUUAUGUAUGCUGUGGUGGGAACAGUUUGGAAUUCCUUUGCCACUGGAAUAGCCCUAUGGGGUGUGAAGCUGUUGGGGCUAAUGGACCCCCAGGUGGAGGCUGGUUUGAUGGAUUUCCUGCUCUUCGGCAGCCUUAUUUCAGCCGUCGACCCUGUUGCUGUGUUGGCUGUGUUUGAGGAGGUUCAUGUCAAUGAGACCCUAUUUAUCAUAGUAUUUGGAGAAUCUCUGCUCAAUGAUGCCGUUACUGUGGUUUUGUACAAAGUGUUUAAUUCUUUUGUUGAGAUGGGACCGCGGAAUGUCCAGCCUGCAGAUUACGUGAGAGGCGUGGGUUCCUUCUUUGUGGUGAGUCUUGGAGGAACUGCUGUCGGUGUAGUGUUUGCUUUCCUACUCGCCCUCAUCACUCGGUUUACAAAACGAGUCCGCAUUAUAGAACCUCUAUUCAUCUUCCUUAUUGUCUAUCUCGCCCACCUUACUGCGGAGAUGGUGUCACUUUCUUCUAUAUUAGCGGUGACAUUUUGCGGCUUAUGUUGCAAAAAAUAUGUAGAAGCCAACAUCUCUAACAAAUCCAGGACCACUGUGAAAUAUACAAUGAAGACUUUAGCCAGCAGCUCUGAGACAAUCAUCUUCAUCUUCCUUGGAAUAUCAGCAGUAGACACAUCCAAGUGGACAUGGGACACAGCACUGGUCCUGUCCACACUAAUCUUCAUCUUUGUGUUCAGGGCGGUCGGUGUUGUGCUACAGACUUGCGUUUUAAACCACUUUAGGCUUCUUCCACUGGAUAGGAUAGAUCAAGUUGUGAUGUCAUAUGGUGGUCUCCGGGGGGCUGUUGCCUUUGCUUUGGUCAUUUUAUUGGAUGGGAAAAAAGUAAAGGCUAAAGACUAUUUUGUGGCAACUACAAUUGUGGUUGUGUUUUUUACAGUCAUGUUUCAGGGUCUGACCAUCAAACCUCUUGUCAAGUGGCUAAAAGUGAAGAGACGAGACCACCACAAGCCAACGCUAAGUGAAGAAUUACAUGAGCACGCCUUUGACCACAUAAUGGCUGCUGUUGAGGACAUAAUUGGUCACCAUGGCUACCAUCAUUGGAGAGACAAGUGGGAGCAGUUCGAUAAGAAGUAUCUGAGUCAGCUGCUGAUGAGAAAAUCAGCAUAUCGGAUUAAGGAUGAAAUAUGGGAUGUUUGCUACAAGCUGAAUAUUCGGGACGCAUUAAGUCUGGCAGACCAGGGAGGUCAUAUAGUGUCUCCUGAUAGACUAUCCUUACCGUCCAUGCCAAGCCGAGCAUCUAUGUCAGAGACUUCAGUGACCAACCUUCUGAGGGAAAAUGGGAGCAAAGCUUGGCUGGAUCUUCAGGCAAUUGACACAGUGCGCAGUGGGAAAGACAGAGAAGAUGCGGUCAUGCAUCAUGUGCUAAGGGGCAGCCUCUACAAACCCCGCCGGAUGUGCAAAGCCAGCUACAGUCGCCAUUUUAUGACGCAGGAUGAGCAGGAACGACAGGAAAAAGAGGUUUUCCAGCAGAUCAUGAAGCGUAGAUUGGAGUCUUUUAAAUCUACCAAGCACAACACCUGCUUGUCCAAGUCACGGGUGAAAAAAGAUGGACGCAAGAAGAGAAGAGCUAGCAUGGAGCUUGAAUCACGAAAUGGAAGACACAGCAAAAUCAUGAGCUGGGAAAAUACUGCAUCUAUUAUUGUCACUCCUGACUCAGAAGAGGAAUGUGCAGAAAUCGAGGUAGAAGAGGAUGAGGGUAUAACGUUUAUUGCUCGAGCAACAGAUGAAAUUCUACACAGUGUUAAAAUCUCAGGAAUGUUGGGAGUUUGUCAAAGCCCUCGAAUUGUUCCACCAUCACCAACUAUGGCUGAGAAAGUUCUUCCAUGGAAAGGGGAACCGGAUGAAAACACAGUCUGUAUCUCCUCAGAGACUACAAAAAUAGUCCCGGUGGAUCUGCAAAAGUCUUGGAAGCAAAGCAUUUCCUCUCUUGAGAGUAUUGGUUCUCCACCAGCUCCUGAUGCCAACUCGGAUGGAUCUAAGUGUUUAAGGCAGGAUAUCUUCAGUCCACCUGUUCUCCAGACUCUGCCGGAAACCUGUAGCUGUUUUCCUUUCACUAGUUCCCCAUCACAAGGUAUAAGAAGUCAUUUAGGUUCUGCAGACACCCAGCAACAAGAACUCCAACCUUUAAUGUCCCCAGGGGAAGUUUAUGGGUUGAGUCCUGUGUCCACUAGACAAAGCAAUAACAAAAGACGAUUGCAGCUUCAUCGAACCUCUAAAAUCUAAAGCUGGCUUUGGUUAGGGGUUGGCUCCUAUACUAGAAUCUAGGCAAGAUUACACAUUUAUUCUUCUGAUUGUAAAAGGCUUUGAUGGAACAUCAACAUGCCAGAGAAAGCAAGCUAAGGUGGCUUCAUUAGCAUAUGCAAUGCUUAUUUACGUUACUUUGUCACCGUACAGUAGGUGUGCAUAGUACAUUUCAUUAGGAUGGGCGCAGAGAUAAUGUUAUUAGCUAUUUUUUUUACAAGGUUUGUAAUUAAGUGCACAGAAUAGGUAGAAAUCCUUGUACGAUGAUGGCAUUCUUAUACUUGUUAUUACAGCUUUGUUUCACAUUUAAAUUGCUUUUCACUUUAAUUGGAAAGCAAAAUGAAUAUUGUUAAUGUCCUCUUAAAACAUAGCUGUUCCUGGAAAAGAUUAGUAUGCAUCAAUAUGGACAUGGGGAGAACAUGCAAACAUAGAAAUGUGGUACUGUUUGUAUUCAGUGGCAGGACAGUGUUUCAAUCAAGUUGUAUUGCCUAUCAUUCCACCAAACUGAGCACCCAGCCGCCAUGUUUAAUUCAUUUUACCUUUACUUGCUUUUAAUUGUUUACCUGUUUUCACCUUGAUGUAUGUGGACAAACAUACAUGUCCAUUCAUGGAGAUGUCUCUACCUUAUAAUCUCCCAGCCUUUCAGAAGAUAAGGUUAUCAAGACAAAUGAUAGAUGUUAAAGACUUAUAGAGACUUUUUUUAUAUACUCUGCAAUUUUGUAUAGUUAUUAUUUUUAUUGCUACAAUUCCAGCAAUUCUAUGUUUUCCACUGAUCAGCCAUAUUGUUAAAACCACUUGUCUAAUAUCAUGUAGGUCUCCAGCUUUGACCAUUAAUGCAUAGACUUCAUAACAUACAUCUGAAGGUGUCCUGUGGUCUCUGGCUUCAAAAUGUUACCAAAAGAUGCUCUGUUGGAUUGAGAUCUGGGAAACUUUGAGGCCAAGUCAACAGCUUGAACUUUGUCAUAUUCCUCAAAAUAUUCCUCAACAAUUUUUGCAGUCUGGCAGAGAGCAUUAUUCUGCUGAAAGAGGCCACUACCAUUAGAGAAGGGGUGUACGUCUUCUACAAUAAUAUUUAGGUGGAUGAUACAUGUCAAAGUAACAUCCAUGUGAAUACCAGGUCCUAAGAUUACUCAGCACAAUUAUUUCCCAUAGCAUCACACUUCCUCCACUGGUCUGCCUUAUCCUUAUAUUGUAUCUAGAUUCUAAAUCUUCUUCAGGUAAAAGAUAAACAUGCACCCAGCCUUUCACAUAAUGUAAAUUAAAACCUAAUUCAUUUGACUUGGCCACUUUCUUCCAUUGUUUCAUGACCUUGAUGGAAUGCUCACAUGGCUUUUGUAGAAUCCAUCAAUGUUAAACAGUGGUUAGCAUUGGUUGUCUGAAUGUUCAGUGGCUAUGAAGCCUACAAGCAGCAACCUGUGUUCUGACACCUUUCUGUCAUAGCCAGCAUUAACUUUUUUUAACAAAUUGCGCUCUUCUGUUGGAGGAGACCAGACAGGCUACCCUUUUCUCCCGACCUGCAUCAUUGAGUCUUAAAGGAGUUCUCCGGAAUACAAAAACCUAUCCCCUAUCCUAAGUGUCAGUGACCACUUUAAAAAUUCUGACCCAUUAGUCAUCCAGCUGUCACAAUUUAGCCUUUGUCAGAGUUACUGAGAUCCUUACACCCAGAACAUCAACUUCAAAUACUGCCUAGUUAGUUGCUGACUAAAAUUCCACUUCUUGCCACCCUUGACGGGGGCCACUGUCAUGAGAUAUCCUUGUAAUUUACUUCCUCUUGUGGUUUAAAUGUUAUGGUUGAUUGGCGCAUUUACUUAUGUGCUGUUUUUGAAGAGCUGUUUAUUUAUUGUUGCUUUCUUUCUGCAGGCAUCUAUAAUUAUUGUUUAUGUACAGAAAACUGUUAAUGUGUUAUUUUACUAUAUGCAUCCUAUAAAUUCUACAUUUCAUUUGCUAUUUAAAUCAUUAAGUAGACUCAAGACCCUUUGUUAUUAGGCAUUUUAUCCAGACAAUUGUAAGCAUCUAUGAUUGACUGUGCGCUGGUGAACGUAGAAGAAAGCGCCUCUUGGGUUAUAAAAUAUCAUUGUGAAAUAUGUAAAGGGGUUGUCUGGAAACAAUUUUUAUAAGCAAAUGGGCUCAGACAGUGCUUUAAAAAAAACCAAAGAAACCUGUACUUUCCUUGCCUGAUUCCCCUGUUUCGGUCUCAACAUGAGGAAGUCACCACUCGUGCAUUUUUGUCCUGCGUCAGCUUCUGAUAUUCCUUGUGUAGAAACAAAAAACAGGACAUACUGAGCAGCAGUACCAGGGACCAUCAGAACAGCAUUGGCAGGGGAUCAGAGAAGAUAAGUACAGUUUUCUUUAGUUUUUUUUUUGUCCUGUCUUAGUAAUUUGCUUUAAAAAAUUGCUUAAACAAUUGUCCUUGGUGCUGUGACAUAAACUAGUAAACAAAGGUUACGUCAAAUAUUUGUUCAACGUCACAGGAUGUCUGCAAAUAGAUGAGUACGAGGGUGAUAAUCAUAUUAACAAACAACUGCUAUUUUUAGCUGUAUUAACCUGUGUUUAGUGUCUACAAGUGAGUACUGGGGUCUCGAUUUUACUAUAGCUUGUUUUAUCAAUGAGUCUUGCCCAUGUUUUAAAUUUUGGAGAUUUGAUCUUCUCUUUAGCUUUUUAUGCAAGUAAAUCAAUGAUAAUCUUUAGCAUUAAAAGCUGAAGCAUGAACUCUGCAGCAAAUAUAGUACAUGUGACAGACCCUUAAAGUGAGCAAGCCAUACAUUAUUUUCACUCUGUCACGUAAGACUGUUGUUGGCUAUUAAAGUGUACGGGUCAUUUGCAAAAACUUGUUAUAUAAUGUACAUAACAUUAUAUGUAUAUUUGUAAUAUACAUGGUUAAGAAAUAUGUAUAUUUUGGGGUGAAAAAAUGCUGUCCCUGCAGCUAUUGCCUGUGUAUCUCUGUGAGGAAAUAAAAUACAGGAAGUGAGGGUGGGAUAAGCAGGGCUCUGUGCAGGCUUCUGGCUUGUCAAUCAUCCUGCUGAGCCAGGGUUGUGUCACAGAGCCACAGUGCGCAGAGCCAUGGUGCACCCCAGGUUUUGAAAAGAGCUCUUUCUCCUCUUAGCAGUUCCUUCCUUAUUCCGCUUUC